AUGCCGACAGAAUUGCCUGAGACCUGUCUUGCGAGCGGCAUGAGAGAGGUCGGCGUCACACCGAGGGUGCAGGUGCGCGAUCUUCUGGAAGUGAGGCUCGCUCUGACGUUCAGGCCCCGAGCUAAACGUCUAUCUGUCGUGGCCACUUUCCCAGGCUCGAAUAUCUACCUGGCCAUCACGGGUCUCGGAGCCGGUGGUGGACAAGCAAACAGCGCUCUACUUUCCGGUAUCCAAAACAGCCUGGGCAACGGCGUCUUCGGCGUAUGCUCCUUCUUCGUCCCCCUGAUCCUUCGCUACUGCAAUGUGCGCUGGUUCCUCGUCAUCGGUCCUACGGGUUAUGCGGUCUACAUCGCCGGUCUCAUGUACUUCCAGGCGCGCGGUGAGAUGGCCUUCCCACUCGUGCUGUCAGUCUACUGGGGCAUGGGAAGCUCGCUCGUCUGGGUGUCCACGACGUACAUCUCCAUGGCAUAUGCGACCCGCAAGGAGAAAGGCCACUUCAUCAACAACCAAUGGUUGGGUCUCGCGAGCGGCAGUCUGGUAGGAGCAGCGGUCGCCUUCGGCGCCAACAUCCACAAGAGCAAAGCGGCAGGCGUGAGCCAGGGCGUGCUCGGCGCAUGGCUCGCGAUCCAUCUCUGUGCUGCACUCGCCGCAUUCUUCUUCAUUCUGCCAAGUGACCGCGUCAAGACCAAGGACGGGAGCACGAUCCCCGCCGGCAGCAUGAUCAUGGGCGACCUGAGCUUCAUGCAGACUCUGCGUGAAAUGGCUGGCACAUGGGUGUCGCCGAAAGUCCUGCUGGUCGCUCUGGCCAUGUUCUCCUCCGAUUUCUGGCUCGUGUUCGUCGGCUCGUACAAUGCCCGCAACUUCUCCCUCCGCGCUCGAUCCCUCAACACACUUCUGUACUGGGCGAUCCAGAUUCCGGCGGCGGAGGCACUCUCCCGCCUCCUCGACCGAAAGGGAUGGACGAACCGCCAGCGUGGGGCUGCAGGAUUCUGCACCCUGUUCGUUAUGGUCUGUGCAUCCUGGUUCGGUUACUACCUCUGGCAGGGCCUCAACAUCGAGUCGGCUAGCAUGAAGAACAAGAUUGAGGUCAUUGACUGGGCCGACGGCACCGCGUAUGUCAAGGGCCUCGUCGUCUACCUCAUCUUCGGCUUGUCCUAUCCGAGUGAGUACACCUGUGCAACGUCACUGACAUUUAGCCUACCACGUCGUGCUCGUGUUUUACUUCUCGAUGCUGGCGUCCGAGGGCUCGCGCCGUAUGACUUACUACUCUGGCAUCUUCAAGGGUCUCCAGGGUACAGGCCUGUGUCUGGCGUUCGGCAUCCAAACUACCUCGAGAACGUCGAUCCGGAGCCCACAGCGGUGACUGAGGACGUUGACUCUGACAUUCAGGAGAUCAAGGAGAGGGGUCUGGAGAAGGUCUAG